GAGGAACUGUCCACAAAGAUCUCCAGGCUCCUCCACAGCUUCCGGACGCUCGACAGCCAGUUCCUGUAUUUGAAGACGUUUCUUCAGACCAUGAAGAGAGAGUGGAACGGCAUCGACAGACUGCGAAUGGACAAAUACUUCCAGCUCGUGCGCUUCGUUUUCCGAGAAGUGUUUGAGAUGCUGAAGAGACAGCAGUGGGAGUCCAGGCUGGUGAGUGAGUUUCUGCAGCUCUUCUCGGCUCAGCUCCUGCACAGCUCCAGCGCAGCUCCGGCCGGAUUCCUCCUGCACGCUCUCGACCUCUAUCUGACUGAACUGGCCCUCGUCGGCUCUGCUGAGCUGACAGCAGAGCAGAACCAGACCUUUAUUGAGCCUUUCUUCAAGACUAUGGCCAAAACCAAAGAUCGGGUCCUGCUGAAGGCCAUCGGCAGCAACAUCUUUAACACCAUCGUUGAUCAAGUUCCUUACGCCAUCGAGGAUCUGCAGAGAGAGAUCGGUCAGAGCGCAGAACUGGAGUCUAGUGAAGACACUGGAGAGACCAAGACUGAAGCCCUCUCAGAAAGCUCACGGAAAACCCAAGACUGUGAUGAAGAGGAGUAUUUGCUCUCAGACGGCGUGGACGCUAGCGAUGACGACACGUGUGGACCUGUUCUUCAGUUCGACUAUGGUGCAAUAGCUGACCGUCUUUUUGAGGGGGCCAGUCACUCGAAUAUACAGAGCUUCAACAGAUCCAAGAUUUACAAGUUUGUGAAGAUUUUCCGAGACCUGAGUGAAGGGGUGUUCCCUCAGGAUGAAGUGGAGAAAGUGUCCAGCGAUGAAGAUGAUGAUGAUGAUCAUCACGGCAGAAAGAAGAGAAAGAGAAGGAAACAAAAGAAUAAAGAGAAGAAAGGCGAAGAGUCACUGAAGAAAUCCAAAGGUCAGUCAGAGUCUGUGGCUGCGUCAGAUGACACUGACAUAUCAAAGGACACCCAACCAAAAAAGAAGAGCAAGAAGAAAAAGAAGAGCGGUUUAAAGAGUGUUGAGGGUCAGCAGACACAGGAGACGCAGGACGCCACAGGUUUAACAGAAGAGAAGCUGGAGUCUGAUGCUGAAUUACCACAGUGUGACAGUGAAAGCAAGCACAGAGCGCACGAGAGUCCAUGCUCCGAGCCUGCCCUUAAACAGAUGAAGAAGCAGCGGAGGAAGAGGACGGCUUCGAGGAAGACCUGUGAAAAAGCAGAGGAAGCAUAUCACUGCUCAGAGAUGGGAAUCAGCGUUACAUCAGCAGAGGUCGUGACUCCUGUACCGCCGAAGAAAAAGGCAAAAGGAGUCACUGUCUCGGCCAUCGCAGCUGUAGAUGUGUCAGCAGCCGCGGCACCACAGAAGAAGCUGAGAAGUGCCUCCUCAGACGAGCAGACCCAGGCAGAUUCACAGAAGACACAAGACUCCGCUAAAGCCUCUCGUAAAACAACAGUGAAGAAGAAAGAACAGGAGGACGUCGUCUCGGACGUGCCAGGGCCAGAGACCAAUGGAGACGCUCACCAGGAGGAGACGGUGCUCACCGAAGACUCGCAGCAGCCUGCUGGACGAUUGAGAGCCAAGAAGAGCAAGCAGAAGUCAGCAGCUGUCCAGAUCAAACCAGGGAGGAAGAGGAGGGUGAAGCUUUCACAGGUGAACGGACACGCAGACCAGACCAGUGUCAAGAGACCCAAGAUCAUCAGCGAAGCUGAAGAGCCUUCAGUUCCAGUCACUAAAGACCAGAUGAAGGCGAGAGAGUUCGUCCUCAGACAGAAGAAAGCUCCCUCACCCAUCUUCUGUAAAGCUGCAGGAUACAGCACACGCAUGGCCAGUAAAAAGGUUUUGCUAGCUUCAAAAUCUGAAAUGAAGAAAGUUACAUUUGGCCUCAAGAAUAAUAAAACAAUGGAAUUCAGAAAGAUGGACCAAAGCUCGCUGCUGAGUCCUGCCAGACAGUCUCGCGUGGCCUUUGACCCCAAGAGGACUCCACAGUCUGGGGUGCUGAAGUCGCCCGGGUCGUCACCUGCGGUCAUGAAGAAGAGAGCCAUGGCAGCAGAUUUCUUUUAAAAUAAAGCUUCACAUGUUGUUUGUGAAAUUUAGUCUAUUGAAAUGGCUUUUGAA